AUACUGUGAAAGGCCUACCGAUCUGCCGCAAGUCACGCCUUCUGCAAGACCAGAUUGCCAUAUUGAGGGGGGCCAGCUGUAAGGCAACAGCUCAGGGGCGGCUAAUAUCUUGACUGAUUCCUCUUGUAGAUUCUGCCUUGUAGAUGGUUCCACUCCAACAGCUGCGUCCGCUCCGGGCCAAACAGACAGUGUACCGUCUCAAAUCCAACCAGGGUAGGUCCAUAACUUUCAUGAGAUGGAAUGUAGCUGGACGGAAGUUGCGGAACUCCGCGAAGCUCAGGUUCUAAGAAAUGACGAUGACAGACACGUGCAAGAUACUAGCCACAAUGAGUCUCCUGAAGCUCCAGGCCACAGCCAUGAGCCGGCUCAUGGCGGACACGGUGCCGGCGAAAGCAGUAAUAGAGAAGGGUCGUCUUCUAUGGAAGAGAGCUCUGGAGGACACGGCCAUGCCAAGAUGGGUGGCAUCGCAAAGUGUGAUGCAGAACGAGUUGGAGACUCGGACCUUACCUUUCGAGUGGCUAGCAUCUUCAUCGUCCUAGCGACCAGCUCCGUCGCCGUCCUGGGACCUAUCGGGAUCAGAAAGUGGACCCGUAUACGAAAAGAUGGUCUGGUUUUCACUGCUAUCAAGCAAUUUGGGACGGGCGUUAUUAUUGCAACGAUUUUUAUUCACCUCCUUUCGCAUGCAUUCUUACAAUUCCUUAACCCCUGCCUUGGAGAGCUGUCAUUUGAGAGCACAGCAACCGUUAUUGCAAUGGCGGGCGUCUUCAUUUCGUUUUUGGUGGACUAUGCAGGUCUUCGGUAUCUCUCGUCCAGGGCAAAACACGGGACAUCCACGGAUAUAUAUCCAUCUCGCAUCCUGGCACCUCUACAACAACGCGAUAUGAAGAGUCCGAGAGCGAUUGAGCGGGACCUAGCAAUAUGGGACCAGGAAGGAAUCGCUCAGCAUGAGAAGGAAAAGCUACAUGUUAUGAUCAUGGAAGCGGGAAUGAUUUUCCAUUCGAUCUUGCUCGGUGUCUUACUGACUGUGACGCCCGCCGCCAACUUUACGGUCCUCUUCGCCGUCAUCCUCCUCCAUCAACUCUUUGAAGGUCUGGCGCUUGGUGCCCGAAUCGCUACGCUCUGGCAUCCGACACUUCUCAGCAAACUACUCUACGGAGUGGCGUUUGCGGUGACAGCCCCGAUUGGUAUGGCUAUCGGUCUCAUCGUCCGCCACACUUUCAAUGAGAACGAUCCGAGAACGAUCCAAACGGUGGGGGCGAUGGAUGCUUUGAGUGCCGGAGUUUUAAUCUGGGUGGCAGUGGUGGAGAUGUGGAGUGAGGACUGGCUACGUGGUGAACUGAGCAAUGCGGACUGGAAAGAGGUGUCAGUGGGACUGAUUAGUCUUGGGGGGGGAGCUGGAGUUAUGACAGUCCUUGGAAUAUGGGAAUGAUGCUAAAGUGCAAAGGUUCUCUGUUAAUUACCAGAGCGCUGCGCAGCUGUACGCGCGAUCAAUUCUAAAUCCGGGUUGCAGCAUUGCUCGACGUGAUGGUGCUUCUGUAUCCGUCAGAACUAGCCACUAAUAAUCAGUUU